GUAUUAAAUCAAUUCUUUUUUUUAAUAAGAGAAAUAGGGAAAGAAAAGAUAAAAUUCUUUGAAUGGUAAUAAUUCUGUUUCUAUGAUCCACACCCACACAGAUAUACAAAAAAUGAAAAAAAAAAUGAAAAAUGCUAAAUUCAAUGAAGCGAUUACAUUUUUGAUAAUUUUCUUUUCUUUUUUCUAUAUGGUAGAUAAUUUUUAACUUCCGAUAGUAAGAAGAAAAAAAAGUGGAAUUAUAUUUUUUAAAAAAAGGAGUGAGAAAAUUGUUUGUAUUAUUAAUCAUUGGAAAUAAUAUAGUAUUCAAAUCAAACAAAAAAAUAUAAAGCUAAUCUAUUAACAGAAUGUAUUGUGAAGUAAGAUUGAUGCAAGACUUAUCUAACAGAAAAUCUUUUAUAAAAUGAAAAUGGAAGUAAACGUAAUAUAAUUUUUACCAUAUUUUGUUAUGGUGUUAUAGUCAAUCAACUCCGCCUGUAGCUCCUCCAGGGGCUACUGCCGGUCCCAAGCCCGGGUAAAGGAGGAGGGUUGGGCAUGCGGUUAGCGACCCCAUCCCAUAGAAAAUCAACUCGCUAAAAAAACGCUAACCAGAAAAAAUCAUUCAAACCAUUCAAACUCUGCCCUGGGAGUAGAAGGAAAAAUGACGUCUCAUGAUGAAAGCCGAGUUCAUUCGGAAGUCAUGAGGCCGAUGUAUCUUCUUACAACCAGAGCGACAAUUUUUAUAGGUACAUGGAAUGUCCGGACAAUGUGGGAGACCGGAAGAGUCUUCCGAAUUUCUGCGGAAAUGAGGAAAUACAACCUGGAAGUGCUUGGAAUCAGUGAAACACAUUGGACGCAGGUUGGACAACAACGACUGUCUUCAGGGGAACUUCUGUUAUACUCCGGUCAUGAAGAAGAAAAUGACCCACAUACACAAGGAGUUGCAUUGAUGCUGUCCAGAAAAUCACAAAACGCACUUAUUGGAUGGGAAUCUCAUGGACCGAGGAUCAUCAAAGCCUCCUUCAGAACAACGAGAGAGGGCAUUACAAUGAACGUCAUCCAAUGCUAUGCGCCGACCAACGACUACGAUGAAGACGCUAAAAACCAAUUCUACGAUAGGCUGCAGUCAAUCUUCAAGAAGUGCCCAACCAAGGACCUGACCAUUCUAAUGGGAGAUUUCAAUGCCAAGGUUGGAAUGGACAACACUGGAUACGAAGACGUCAUGGGACAACAUGGACUGGGAGAAAGGAACGAAAAUGGUGAGAGAUUUGCAAACCUAUGUGCCUUCAAUAAACUGGUCAUAGGUGGCACCAUAUUCCCACACAAAAACAUACACAAAACCACUUGGAUUUCACCGGAUCACACUACACAAAAUCAAAUCGACCAUGUCUGCAUCAACAAAAAGUUCAGGAGGACGAUGGAGGAUGUGAGAACCAGAAGAGGAGCUGAUAUAGCAUCCGAUCACCAUUUGCUGGUCGCCAAGAUGAAACUAAAACUCAAGAAGCACUGGACAACGGUGCGGACAACAUCACAAAAGUUCAACACGGCCUUUCUUCGAGAUGCUGACAAACUCAACAAAUUCAACAUAGCCCUCAGCAACAGGUUCCAGGCCUUUCAUGACCUACUCAAUGGAGAGGGAACCACCAUAGAGAGCAGCUGGAAAGGUAUCAAGGAGGCAAUCGUUUCAACAUGUCAGGAGGUUCUGGGCCAAAAGAAGCACCAUCACAAAGAAUGGAUCACUGUUGGUACACUGGAUAAAAUUGAAGCAAGGAGAAACAAGAAGGUAGCAAUCAAUAUCAGCCGAACCAGAGCGGAAAAAGCCAAGGCACAAGCCGAAUACACAGAGGCAAACAAGCAAGUGAAGAGGAGCAUCAGGACCGACAAACGUAAAUAUGUGGAAGAUUUAACGAUGACAGCGGAAAAGGCUGCAAGAGAGGGAAACAUGAGACAACUGUAUGAUACAACAAAGAAACUUGCUGGAAAUUACCGUCAACCAGAAAGACCAGUGAAAAACAAGGAAGGCAAAGUAAUCAACGAUAUUGAAGAACAACGAAACAGGUGGGUAGAACACUUCAAGGAACUCUUGAAUCGACCAGCUCCACUGAACCCACCCAACAUCGAAGCAGCACCCACAGACCUCCCAAUCGAUAUUGGCCCACCAACAAUUGAAGAGAUCAGCAUGGCCAUUAGACAAAUCAAGAGUGGCAAAGCGGCGGGACCAGACAACACCCCGACAGAGGCACUGAAAGCAAAUGUAACAGCAACUGCCAAGAUACUCCACAUCCUCUUCAGUAAGAUUUGGGACGAAGAACAUGUACCAACAGACUGGAAAGAAGGACUUCUCAUCAAGAUACCAAAGAAAGGCGAUCUGAGCAAGUGCGACAACUACAGGGGCAUCACUCUCCUCUCAAUACCAGGAAAAGUCUUCAACAGAGUAUUGUUAAACAGGAUGAAGGAUUCCGUGGACGCUCAACUUCGAGAUCAACAAGCUGGAUUUCGUAAGGAUAGAUCGUGCACAGAUCAAAUCGCAACUCUAUGUAUCAUUGUGGAACAAUCAAUCGAAUGGAAUUCAUCACUCUACAUCAACUUCAUCGACUACGAGAAGGCAUUUGAUAGCGUGGACAGGACGACACUAUGGAGGCUUCUUCGACACUACGGCGUGCCUGAGAAGAUAGUCAACAUCAUACGGAACUCCUAUGAUGGACUAAACUGCCAAAUCGUCCACGGAGGACAACUCACCGACUCGUUCGAGGUAAAGACCGGUGUUAGGCAAGGUUGCCUACUCUCACCCUUUCUCUUUCUCCUGGUCAUCGACUGGAUUAUGAAGACGUCAACAUCUGGAGGAAUGCACGGGAUACAGUGGACAGGCAGGAUGCAGCUUGACGAUCUAGACUUCGCGGAUGAUCUGGCUCUUCUAUCACAAACGCAACAUCAAAUGCAGGAGUAAACGACCAGUGUAGCAGCAGCCUCAGCAGCAGUAGGUCUCAAUAUAAACAAAGGGAAAAGCAAGACUCUCCGAUACAAUACAAUAUGCACCAAUCCAAUUACACUCGACGGAGAAGCUUUGGAGGAUGUGGAAAUCUUUACAUAUCUGGGCAGCAUCAUUGAUGAACACGGUGGAUCAGAUGCAGAUGUGAGGGCGCGGAUCGGCAAAGCAAGAGCAGCAUACUUACAACUGAAAAACAUCUGGAGCUCAAAACAAUUGUCAACCAACACCAAGGUUAGAAUUUUCAAUACAAAUGUCAAGACAGUUCUUCUGUAUGUGGCGGAAACUUGGAGAACUACGAAAGCCAUUAUCCAGAAGAUACAAGUGUUUAUUAACAGCUGUCUACGCAAGAUACUUCGGAUCCGAUGGCCAGACACUAUCAGCAACAAGUUACUGUGGGAGACAACAAACCAGAUUCCAGCGGAGGAAGAAAUCAGGAAGAAGCGCUGGAAGUGGAUUGGGCACACCUUGAGGAAAUCACCUAAUUCCGUCACAAGACAAGCCCUCACAUGGAAUCCUGAAGGUCGAAGGAGAAGAGGAAGACCAAAGAACACAUUACGCCGAGAAAUAGAGACAGACAUGAGAAAAAUGAACAAGAACUGGAAAGAACUAGAAAAGAAGGCUCAGGACAGAGUGGGUUGGAGAAAGCUGGUCGGCGGCCUAUGCUCCAUUGGGAGUAACAGGCGAAAGUAAAAAGUAAAAGUAAGUUAUAGUCAAUCAUCAACGUAGGACCCUACACAGAUAUACGUCGGGUCAAACUGGAUGAUAAGAUGAGAUUAACAAGAUGAAUCGUAGAAGAAAUCGAAAUAAUGUAGCAGUCAUGACAAUGUGAAAGAAUAAACAUGGAAAAUAUAAUUUAAAAAGAUAGAGUGGAAAGGUAUGUAUGACGGAGUUAUGGAAUUCGACACAGAACAAAAGAUAAGUGAAAAGUGAAUGGAUCUUCCCUACUGUGAACGAUUUUGAGCUGUGGCAUUCAAAAUGUCCAACAAACGAUCACGGUUAUAGCACAAACUUCACCCAAAUAGUCUAAAUUUACCAGCAUAGAUAAGAUCAACAUUCGUUAUUUUAAUGAACUGAUGCUAAGUUUUGUUUCGGACACCUUAUUGGUAUAAACUAGAUACCAAAAGCUAAUAAUACUGAAUCGUUGAAUACUUUGCAAUGUUUUACUCAUUCAAAUGAUUGUGCCAUAACCAAACUAACUGAACGUUAACAUUAAAAUUAAUUUCUUGUAAAAAAGAUUUAGACACCAGAAAUUUCGACGUUGAUAUAGCGCAAAUAAUUUUUAUAAGUAUUUGGUCUAAUUGAGGAAACUUUGGGAAAUUUUAAGCCGAAAAUCAUUCGAAUAUUUUAUGAAUAAUGUUAGAGAAUACACAAGAUGACUAUUUUGAUCAUUUGACAAUAUUAUACUACGAAAGAUUAUUCGGUUAAACUAAACAAAUAUGGACACGAGUUUGAUUAAGAAAGUAUCGAAAUAAUGCUUUCCAAUAGUCAUCUAACAAACGUCAUCAUAUGAUGUAGAAUGGUCUAAUCCAAUUAACAUAUUUGUUUGCAAUCAUAAAUCAGUCUAAG